GGGGUAUCAGCUGCUGCGGAAUGGUACAUAAAGGCCAGUGAUCUAAGGCAGCUCAGUGUAGUGAGGGUCACUCACCAGAGCUGUUCGAGUGGGUGCUGAAAUCACAAAACAUCCACGCCAUGACGCUGGUGACGGGCAGUUGGAUUGUGGACGCUGUGCUGCCAUUGCUGUUGGUACCACUGCUUUACUGGUACGCGACACGCAACUUCGACUACUGGAAGAAGCUGGGAAUCCCCUACAUGAAGCCCAUUCCCUACGUAGGCAAUAUGGGCAGCGUGGUGAUCGGUCGGAAGCACAUGGGGGAACCAGUCUUCGAAUGCUACCGCAGGGCCGGAGACGCUCCCUUCAUGGGCAUGUUCGCCUUCGACAAGCCCAUCCUCUUGGUGAAGGACCCCGCUCUCAUAGGACGCAUCAUGAGCACCGACUUCUCCACGUUCUACGCAACCAACGCUAAGAUCGACCCAUUGACUGACCCGGUCAUUGCCACGUCUCUUUUUGGCCAACAUGGCGCUGGAUGGAGGAAACUACGUACUGUACUAACACCAGCAUUCACUUCCGGCAAGAUGAAGCUCAUGUUCCACCUGGUGAACGAAACUGGACAGAAACUGGCCCAUCACCUUGAGUCUGCAGUGUCAAAAGGAACUGAAGUGGAACUGAAGGACGUCAUGGCCCGUUAUACGACGGACGCGGUUUGCUCCAUCUUCAUGGGUGUGGAUGCUAACUCUCUCGAAAACCCAAAGUCUCCUCUGCGAGAGCACGUGCGGCGAAUCUUGAGAGAUACCGUCGUUGGAAGGAUUAUCACCACGCUGGCGUUCUUCGCUCCACAGAUCCUGUCCACACUCCGCAUCCGACUUGGCAGCAAGAAAGUAGAGGACUUCUUUGUACAAAACACAGUUAAGCUGAUAGAGUAUCGGAAGGAAACGGGCAUUGUGCGGAACGAUGUAAUUGACAUGCUCACGAAGAUCAAGGACGAGCAGGCACAGGGUGAUAACGAGCAACUCAAGCUGACGAACGAGCUGAUCGCAGGCCAGCUGAUGUCGUUCUUGGCUGCUGGCUUCGACAACUCGUCUUCGACGCUGGCCUUCGCCCUGUUCGAGCUGGCGUGGAACCAGAGUCUGCAGGAAGAGGUGCGCCAGCACGUGCGCCACGUGCUGAGCAAACAUGGCGGCCACAUCACGUACGAGGCCGUCAACGAGAUGACGGACCUCACCAACGUCGUCAGCGAGACGCAGCGGAAGUACCCCACAGUGAAUUUCCUGAACCGCGAGGCGUCUCGCGACUACAGGAUAGAAGGUACGGACAUCGUGCUGCCCAAGGGCACCGCUGUCUUCGUGUCGGUGGCCGGUCUCCACACCGACCCCAAGUACUGGAGGGAGCCGCUCAGGUUCUGGCCGGACCGCUUCAGAGAGGAGAACUCCAGGGACCGACCGAGCCACACGUUCAUGCCGUUCGGCGAGGGCCCCAGGACGUGCCUCGGUAUGAGACUCGCGUACAUGCAAGUGAAAAUGGCUCUCGUGCACAUUCUCAACAACUUCGAAGUGCACCCAGCGCCUUCGACGCCUACCAGUUUGAGUUACCAUCCAUCCAGGUUUGUUGGAACUCCAGCUGUAAAUGUGUCCCUACUCAUCAAGAAAGCCACCUCUUCAUAACGGCCAGCGGCCUGAAAGGAUUCGGGCUGUCACGUCAUUUACCUGAAAUCUGCUUUCAUCAGUUAGGCACAAUGAUCAAAGUAUUCCUGAGUUGAACUUAACAGUAUAACUGCGUCUAAUUAUAUUUGAAGCAUUUAUUUGUGUCUGUAAUUCGGAUCCAAGUAUUGUAUAGUUUUCAGUCGUGUGUAUUUCUUCGAUGUUUUGUAAUAAAAUCUUCUGUUAA